UGGCCAGGAAUAACAGAAAGAUUAUGGAGGCUGAAGAUAAAAGAUUAAAAUUAUCUGCUGAAGUUCUUCAAAAUAUGAAGACAAUAAAGCUUUGCUGUCUAGAGACUCUUUUUGAAAAAAAAAUUGCUAAAGAACGUGAAAAGGAGUUGGUGUAUCUAAAGAAAGAUUCCUUCUAUUGGUCAAUUAUGGCGUUCCUCGCCAGCACUGCUACUCUACUCGUCACAUCUAUAACAAUAUUUAUAUACACAAAUACAGAGACUAAAGUAUUGAGUGCAGCAGAUCUGUUUACAGCUGUAUCUCUAUUCAAUCAGCUUGCUGUCUGCUUAUCUGUAUUUCCUGUUACAAUUCCUAUUUUUAUUAAAGGACUUGUUAGUAGGAAUCGUUUGGUUGAGUUCUUGAAGUACCCUGAGUGCACAGAAACCUCUCUACCUAUUGAUAUCAACCAGCAGCUAGAAGUUGACCGUACAUUAGAGGAGCAGGAGAACCAGGAAAACCAGGAGAACCAGGAGAACCAGGAGAACCAGGGAAUCCAAGAGAACCAAGAAAUCCUGGAGAACCAGGAAAUCCUGGAGAACAAGGAGGACCAGGAGAAUCUGGAGAACCGAGAGAACCAGAUGAACCAGGAAAGAAAGACAGAUCAAAAAGUUCCUGGACAUCUAAACAGCAAAAUAACCAGACCCUUCUUAGUGGAGUGGACUAAUGCAAGCUAUUCUUGGACCAGUCAGGGGCCUAGUGUACUUCAUAAUCUAGAUGUUGGAAUUGAGAGAGGAAAGCUGACAAUGAUUGUUGGUCCAUCAGGUUCGGGAAAGAGUUCUUUGUUGGGUUGUAUUCUGAGAGAAACAGUACUGCAAGCAGGACGUGGAGAACAUGAUAGUGAAGAAACAUUUUCAAAAUUUGCCUAUCUUCCACAGUAUCCUUGGUUAAUGAACACCACUAUAUUGGAGAAUUUAUUAUUUGGUCGACCUAAGAAGGAGAAAAGAUUGAGAAAAUGUAUUGAGGCCUGCGAUUUUCAAGCAGACGUUGAUAUGCUUCCAGAUGGAAUAUUUACUGAGGUUGGAGAGCGAGGUGUUCUACUAUCUGGAGGACAGAGGCAGAGAUUAUGUAUAGCAAGAUGUUUAUAUUCUACUGCACCCUGUAUACUACUCGAUUCACCUUUCAGUGCGUUGGACACCAAGAUGGGUAAGUAUUUAUUUCGAGAAGGGAUUCAGAAUAUACUUCUGAAGAAAAAACGAACUGUUAUCAUGACAACAGAUGAUUUAACCCUUCUCCCACAUGCAGACAAGAUUAUCAUUCUCAGAGAGGGACGGGUUGUCUCUCAUGGUUCCUAUCAAACUGUUAUCCAGGAGAAUCCUCAUCUCAGAGUUAGAAGGAAAACAAGAACUGAAGGAGAUGAAAGUAAAACAGCUGUAGAAAGAUGGAAGCUGUUGGCAAAUAUUACAAAGUGUGGAAUAGUAAUGAAGAGAGUUCAGCUGAAGAAACAUAAAGCAAUCAAACAUAAACAAAGUGUCCAGGAUAUGUUUCCCUCAGCUAUUCAGAAAAAUAAUUUGUUUAUCAUUGCGAAGAAGGAAACAUCAGCUCAGUUAAAUAUUCAUCAUGAUAUGCUCCUUGUAUCAGAUGAGGUCCAGGGAGAAAGUCUAGUUCCUGGCGAAGGUAUCCUGAGUAACCAUCAUAUGAAAGUUCUUUUUAAAAGGUUUUCCAAAGGACGGGAGAAGACUGAGUCAACUGGUGAUCUGGAAUCUCAAAGUCUGGUAGAUGGAGAUAAUAUCCGAGGAGAGAAGAACAUUGAAUUUGAAUCCAAGCAAAGAAGGCUAUUAAAACUGUAUUCUCUGAACCACCUGGAGCUAAACAAGUUUCAAGGUAAUCAGAAUUGGAUAAACUAAUUUUAUUU